CUACUACUGGUGCACAGACCAGUACAUGGUGCAACGUGUCCUAGUAUUAAGGGUAGGUUAAAGGUGCUUUUGUUACCGUUUGUUAUAGCUCUCCUAACCCUAAGGGGGACGGCCAUAACAAACGGGAUACACGAACAAGCCUACCUCUAAUAGUAGCGAAGACACCUUGGCAUGCACGUCAAGGAGUUUUGUUGGCGGGCUUCCUGAAGAUGUUUUCGCCCUUCCUGAUCUGCUUCCCGGGAAUGGCGGCAAGGGCAUUGUGGGAGAGACGCUGCAAUGCGAGCAAGACUUCUGGCGCCGCCUCGACAACAGGACCUCCCUUGAAAACUAAUGAUGUUCUCGACUGGUG